UCACGUGACAGGGGCGGCGCGGCCCGGGGUGUCAGUGUGGAGGAGACUGAGGUAAAGUUGGGAGCGCAGCGGCGUUGGCGGCGGCGGCGGCGGCAGCGGCAGCGCGGCGGGGCCGGUAUUCUACCUUGUAAAUACUGUUAUUUGUAUAUACUGUAAAUGAUGACGUCGGUGGGCACUAACCGAGCCCGGGGAAACUGGGAACAACCUCAAAACCAAAACCAGACACAGCACAAGCAGCGGCCACAGGCCACUGCAGAACAAAUUAGACUUGCACAGAUGAUUUCGGACCAUAAUGAUGCUGACUUUGAGGAGAAGGUGAAACAAUUGAUUGAUAUUACAGGCAAGAACCAGGAUGAAUGUGUGAUUGCUUUGCAUGACUGCAAUGGAGAUGUCAACAGAGCUAUCAAUGUUCUUCUGGAAGGAAACCCAGACACGCAUUCCUGGGAGAUGGUCGGGAAGAAGAAGGGAGUCUCAGGCCAGAAGGAUGGUGGCCAGACGGAAUCCAAUGAGGAAGGCAAAGAAAAUCGAGACCGGGACAGAGACUAUAGUCGGCGACGUGGUGGGCCACCAAGACGGGGGAGAGGUGCCAGCCGUGGACGAGAGUGUAUGCAUGGGGCUUUAUCAAAACCAGCUGUGGUUCGAGGUCAGGAAAAUGGAUUGGAUGGCACCAAGAGUGGAGGGCCCUCAGGAAGAGGAACAGAAAGAGGCAGAAGGGGCCGUGGCCGAGGCAGAGGUGGCUCUGGUAGGCGAGGAGGAAGGUUUUCUGCUCAAGGAAUGGGAACCUUUAACCCAGCUGAUUAUGCAGAGCCAGCCAAUACUGAUGAUAACUAUGGCAAUAGCAGCGGCAAUACGUGGAACAACACUGGCCACUUUGAACCAGAUGAUGGGACGAGUGCAUGGAGGACUGCAACAGAGGAGUGGGGGACUGAAGAUUGGAAUGAAGAUCUUUCUGAGACCAAGAUCUUCACUGCGUCUAAUGUGUCUUCAGUGCCUCUGCCUGCGGAGAAUGUGACAAUCACUGCUGGUCAGAGAAUUGACCUUGCUGUUCUGCUGGGGAAGACACCAUCUACAAUGGAGAAUGAUUCAUCUAAUCUGGAUCCGUCUCAGGCUCCUUCUCUGGCCCAGCCUCUGGUGUUCAGUAAUUCGAAGCAGACUGCCAUAUCACAGCCUGCUUCAGGGAACACAUUUUCUCAUCACAGUAUGGUGAGCAUGUUAGGGAAAGGAUUUGGUGAUGUCGGUGAAGCUAAAGGCGGCAGUACUACGGGCUCCCAGUUCUUGGAGCAAUUCAAGACUGCCCAAGCCCUGGCUCAGUUGGCAGCUCAGCAUUCUCAGUCUGGAAGCACCACCACCUCCUCUUGGGACAUGGGCUCGACGACACAAUCCCCAUCACUGGUGCAGUAUGAUUUGAAGAACCCAAGUGAUUCAACAGUGCACAGCCCCUUUACAAAGCGCCAGGCUUUUACCCCAUCUUCAACCAUGAUGGAGGUGUUCCUUCAGGAGAAGUCACCUGCAGUGGCUACCUCCACAGCUGCACCUCCACCUCCGUCUUCUCCUCUGCCAAGCAAAUCCACGUCGGCUCCACAGAUGUCGCCUGGAUCUUCAGACAACCAGUCCUCUAGCCCUCAGCCGGCUCAGCAGAAACUGAAACAGCAGAAGAAAAAAGCCUCCUUGACUUCUAAGAUUCCUGUUCUGGCUGUGGAGAUGCCUGGCUCAGCAGAUAUCUCAGGGCUAAACCUGCAGUUUGGGGCAUUGCAGUUUGGGUCAGAGCCUGUCCUUUCUGAUUAUGAGUCCACCCCCACCACGAGCGCCUCUUCAAGCCAGGCUCCAAGUAGCCUGUAUACCAGCACGGCCAGUGAAUCAUCCUCUACAAUUUCAUCUAACCAGAGUCAGGAGUCUGGUUAUCAGAGCGGCCCAAUUCAGUCGACAACCUAUACCUCCCAAAAUAAUGCUCAGGGCCCUCUUUAUGAACAGAGAUCCACACAGACUCGGCGGUACCCCAGCUCCAUCUCUUCAUCACCCCAAAAGGACCUGACUCAGGCAAAGAAUGGCUUCAGUUCUGUGCAGGCCACGCAGUUACAGACCACACAAUCUGUUGAAGGUGCUACAGGCUCUGCAGUGAAAUCUGAUUCACCUUCCACUUCUAGCAUCCCCCCUCUCAAUGAAACGGUAUCUGCAGCUUCCUUACUGACGACAACCAAUCAGCAUUCAUCCUCCUUGGGUGGCUUGAGCCACAGUGAGGAGAUUCCAAAUACUACCACCACACAACACAGCAGCACGUUAUCUACGCAGCAGAAUACCCUUUCAUCAUCAACAUCUUCUGGGCGCACUUCGACAUCCACUCUUUUGCACACAAGUGUGGAGAGUGAGGCGAAUCUCCAUUCUUCCUCCAGCACUUUUUCCACCACAUCCAGCACAGUCUCUGCACCUCCCCCAGUGGUCAGUGUCUCCUCCAGUCUCAAUAGUGGCAGUAGCCUGGGCCUCAGCCUAGGCAGCAACUCCACUGUCACAGCCUCGACUCGAAGCUCAGUUGCUACGACUUCAGGAAAAGCUCCUCCCAACCUCCCUCCUGGGGUCCCGCCGUUGUUGCCUAAUCCGUAUAUUAUGGCUCCAGGGCUGUUACAUGCCUACCCGCCACAAGUAUAUGGUUAUGAUGACUUGCAGAUGCUUCAGACAAGAUUUCCAUUGGAUUACUACAGCAUCCCAUUUCCCACACCCACUACUCCGCUGACUGGGAGGGAUGGUAGCCUGGCCAGCAACCCUUAUUCUGGUGACCUCACAAAGUUCGGCCGUGGGGAUGCCUCCUCCCCAGCCCCGGCCACAACCUUGGCCCAACCCCAACAGAACCAGACGCAGACUCACCAUACCACGCAGCAGACAUUCCUGAACCCGGCGCUGCCUCCUGGCUACAGUUACACCAGCCUGCCAUACUAUACAGGGGUCCCGGGCCUCCCCAGCACCUUCCAGUAUGGGCCUGCUGUGUUCCCUGUGGCUCCUACCUCUUCCAAGCAGCAUGGUGUGAAUGUCAGUGUGAAUGCAUCGGCCACCCCUUUCCAACAGCCGAGUGGAUAUGGGUCUCAUGGAUACAACACUGGUGUUUCAGUCACCUCCAGUAACACGGGCGUGCCAGAUAUCUCGGGUUCUGUGUACUCCAAAACCCAGCAGUCCUUUGAGAAACAAGGUUUUCAUUCCGGUACUCCUGCUGCUUCCUUCAACCUGCCUUCAGCCCUAGGAAGUGGGGGCCCCAUCAAUCCGGCCACAGCUGCUGCCUACCCACCUGCCCCCUUUAUGCACAUUCUGACCCCCCAUCAGCAGCCGCAUUCUCAGAUCCUUCACCAUCACCUGCAGCAGGAUGGCCAGCUACCAUAUUUGCAGAUGAUUCUCUGUUGCCAGCGCCAGCAGGAGGAGCAGGUAAUGAAAUUGAAUGAUCAUAUGCUUGAACCCACUCCUUUUCAGUCCCCAUUUCACCUUCACAGCCUCAGGGAACUUGAAAAGACUGCGCGGUCACAAAUCGGGAUACACAAACACAAACACCUUGCUGAGCUCUCUGGCCUCCCCUUCCUCUCUCCUCCUCCCCUCCCCAACACCCUCUUUAUCUUUGUACCCUUCCCCAGCUGUGGAAAACAUUCAGUUACCAAAAUGGAAAAGAUUCUUGGGGCAGCAUCUGGAGCCUGAGGCCUCAGACUGCCUCUCAUACCUGCCUGAAAUGGGCUCACAGAUGUGAUGUGUGGUAGGGGUGGGGAUCUGUGGGGCGAUGCAAGUGGCCUCUUGAGAGCUCCAUUAUAGGUGGCUGGAGCUAGAAUAAGGGCUUCCUUCCUCAAAGACAGCUUUCCAAAUUGAGGCAUUAAUGGGGAUCAAUGGAAAUGAAAUUGCCUUGUGAUCACCCAUCUCCAAGAGCAGGGGAGAGAGGGGGUAGUGCAAGAAUGUAGAAUUGAAAAUGAGUAGAACUAACUCACUACCUUGUCUCUAAAGGUAUCUUGCCCUCUUCAUCUUUUCCCUAUUUAAAAGUCAAAAAUGCCUUCCUGCUUGUAAGAAAGGGGCUUUAGCAGCUAUGCAGACCAAAUUUUCUAUGGUUCUAAUAGUAGUGAGGGGAAUGGGAGAGCAACACAGUUUGCACAUCUCCACCUGAAGAUGUUACAAAUUUGUACCACUAACUAGACACCUUUUUCCUCCUCAUGAUCCUCCCAUUCCCCUGCAGACGGGCAGCGGGCAACGUAGCCAGACCAGCUCCAUCCCGCAGAAGCCCCAGACCAACAAGUCUGCCUACAACAGCUACAGCUGGGGGGCCAACUGAGGCCCUGACCCUCUUCUCCCGGUCCCAUCUUCUGAGAGGGCUUCUCAGCCUGGAAACUAUGGAAACAGCAUCAAAGAGAAAGGAAUGUGGGGGGUUUCCGCUGCCCCCCACCCCCAGCGGCCCACCCCAUGCCUCAGCUUCAUGUCUGUCCCAUUCCUAUACCAUCCCCACCCUGUUGUAUGUAUUAUAGGAUUUGUAUUUUCUCCUUUUUUUCCCCCCUUCCAUUCCUUCUCCCCUCUUGCAUUCAAGAUUAUGAAACUUUGCUAUGGGCCCUGCACUUCCUUUGCUUCCUCCUGUUCACCCUGGUGGUGUACAGAUGAGGUGGGGAGGUGGGACCCCCAAAUAUAUAUCAGCCCAACAGCCCUAAGUCUCCUUCUUUAUUAUUAGGAAAACAACAACAACAACAACAAACAAAAAAAUGGCGUCAUGAAUAUGAACAGCAUUGUCAGAUGAAUUAGUUGAAGUGGUUUUUUUUUUGUUUGUUUUUUUUUUUUUUUGUACUGUGUCCUCAAAUUUAAUGGAUUAAUGUGUCUUGUAUAUAUAAAAAGAAAACCUCUA